AUGACAAACAAAGCAUACCUUUCCCAGCAUGUUGUCUUUGAUGAGUCCUCCUUCCCUGCCAAGGAACAAGCUGUUGCACUGCUCCCUUCCCAGCUCUCAUCCACAAGUAAUUCUGCCCCUCAUUUUAUCUUCCCUACAUUAUUUACUACCUCUGCCAUUAUCCCUUCUUCACCUAAUUCUGAUACUUUCAUUUCAUCCAAUAUUGUGCUACUGCCACUUUCUAAUGAGUCACCUCCUAUCUCUGAUAUACCCCAGCCAGAGCCUUGCCCCACACCACAAUCUCCACACACUUUGUCACUUGACACUAUCUCUCCUCCCUCUCCACCACUUUCACCUUCUGUCCCUCUUCCCUUGCGUGAGAUAGCACCUCCAUCCAAUGCUUCCUUCUCACCUACAAAUAUUCCAAAAACUAACUCUUAUCCUACCACUCAUCCAGCACCUGAUACCUCCCUACCUGCCUCAUCUCUACCUCCUUCCCAGCUUAGCUCCUCUUAA